AUGCUUGUUCUACCUUUCCCUCAGAAGCAGAGAAGAGAGAAGUUGGACAGACAAUUUGGGCAUUUUCUAGAAGUGCUCAAUCAGGUGCAUGUUAAUCUACCUUUCACAGAGAUACUCUUGCAAAUACCAGCAUAUGCCAAGUUCUUGAAGGAGAUAUUGUCCAAUAAGCGAAAAGCGGAAGAGACAUUGGUUGUCAAGCUCACAGAGCAUUGUAGUGUUGUUCUACAAAAUAAGCUCCCUCGAAAGUGUGGAGAUACAGGGAGUUUUACUAUACCUUGUUCUCCAGGAUGUACUAAUUUGAAAAAUCUUUGUGUGAUUCAGGUGGAUAAAUUUGCAUUCCAUAUGGACUUCAUUGUGAUGAACAUGGAAGAGAAUAAGGAGGUCCCUCUGAUUUUAGGGAGACCCUUCUUGGCUACUGGUAGAGCUAUACUAGAUAUUCAGGAAAGGCAACUCAUGCUAAGAGUAGGGGAAGAAAGAGUGGUGUUCAAGAUGAAGGAAGCAAUAGGGGCACCUAGAGAGGAGUCAGUUGUAUACUCUGAUUUUAAGGUGGAUGUCCUAAAGGAGCUAGCUGAAGAGGACAAGCAUGAUAAGUGUGGG